GUGUUGAAUCUCAAGAUAUAUCUAGUCGUUUCAAGGUUCCUCGAGAUGGAAGACGAUAUGUUUUCAGGGUUCGGCAAUGGAACUCGGCUAGACGCCAGAGUUGUACACACAUUUCAAAAGAAUUUCGUGCAAGUCCAAGACAUUCUAGACCAAAACAGGCUGCUAAUCAACGAGAUCAACCAGAACCACGAGUCGAAAAUCCCCGACAACCUGAGUCGAAACGUGGGGUUAAUCAAAGAGCUAAACAACAACGUCAGACGAGUAGUGGAUCUCUAUGCCGAUCUCUCGAGCUCUUUCACAAGAUCAAUGGAGGCUUCAUCUGAAGGUGAUGAUUCAUCAGCUGGAACAUUCAAGUCUGAUGGCAAAGCUUCCAGUCAAAAGAGAAUCAGAUCCGGGUAAAUCUGCAGAAUCCCAUAUUUAAAAAUUCCUUUAAACUUACAUCUUGUAAUCAUGUAUAACCAUUGUUAUGAUCUUGUCAUGUGGAUUUGUUGUUCAAUAAAUGAGUAUAUUAGCCAUAGUGGUUUUACCUUAACUGUACUUUGUCUGCAAGUUCAAUUAUUGUUUAAUGUGCUAAACUGUCAUUAAAAGCAAUUUUGAAGCAUUUUCAG